AUGCCCGAACUCGGCCGCUGCUGCACCAUUGCAGAAGCCACGUUCCCCGUACCACCCGGCACACGUCCUGUCGAUCGUCCGCCGUACCGUCCGAAUCCCCGAGUCGCAACUGUCUCCGACAAAUGCGUCGCCGCAAUGCUCGAGUGGGGAAUCAUUGAAAAACGACCCAGCGCAUGGGGGCGCCCAUGCACCCUCAUCGCUAAGAAAAACGGCAGUCCCCGUUUCUGCGUAGACUACCGCCACACCCUCAACCGCCACAUCGUCCGAAAAACCUGGCCCAUGCCCGACCUCGAGUCCUGCCUGGAUGCCGUCGGCCAAGCUCUCUACAUCAUCGUCGCCGACAUCCUCAGCGCAUUCUGGCAGAUCCCCGUAGCGGAGGAGCACGUGGACCGCACUGCGUUCGUCACCCCUACCGGCAAGUACUGUUUGAAACGCAUGCCGUUUGGAGUAGCUAAUGCACCUUGGCUUUUCCAACAUGUCAUGUCUCUCGCUCUAGGUCACCUAGGUCCAGACUCCGGUGUUCUUUCGUACAUGGACGAUUUGAUCUGCAUCAAUCACACGUUCGAAGCUCACCUGUCAUCUCUCGAGAAAAUGUUCGCAGCAUUACAAGCAGCAGGUCUUACGCUCAAACCGUCGAAAAUUCAAUUUGGUCAGAAAGAAGUCGACUACUUGGGUCAUGUCAUCCCUGCAAAAGACAUUUCCGUUACCACCGACCGUAUCGAUGCCAUUCGCAACCUGCCCACCCCCACCUGCAUCAAGGAUCUCCGAUCUUACGCCGAUGUCACCGCUCCGCUGGUCGAACUCACUCGAAAAGAUUAUGUCAAACGUGCUAGUUUAAUAGAAGAAUGGGGACCGGCCCAAGAUGCCGCCUUCGAAAACGUCAAAAGAGUCCUAUCCUCUAUCCCUGUCCUCCACUUGCCCGAUUUCUCUCGAGAACUUGUCGUUCACACCGACGCCUCCGAACAAGGCGUAGGCGCUUUCCUCGCUCAACCAUCACGCGAUAGUGCCGACGGUAAGGAAUUCGAUAUCGUCGCGUUUUACAGUAAACGUUUUUCAAAGGGCCAACACCAUUACAGCGCUACCAUGAAAGAAUGCAUUGCGGUUGUCUGGGCCCUCACCCACUGGCGCCCAUACCUUUGGGGGCGUCAUUUUACGUGUAGCACCGAUCAUCAAGCGCUCACGUCGCUGUACCAUAUGCAAGACACGUCAAACAUGUUGACGCGCUGGGCUAUUGCACUCCAGAACUACGAUUUCACUGUCAAACACGUGCCGUGGAAACUCAACGUCGUCCCCGACGCUCUGUCUCGUGUUUUUAGCGAGGUUAAUGGCAACCCCGUGCUGUCCGAACCAAGGCUUGCGGCGAUCUGUCGCAACGUACCCGAUGAUACGCCAUUCUGUCCCCCGGUUCCUCGCGAUUACGAAGUAUCCUCACACAACCUCGAUGAAACCGCCUUCGUCGAAAGCGACCGCGAACUGUCCGUCGAUCUUGUUGAAUACAAGUCUCUGUCUGAAGGUAACCGCUACAUUUUGUCCGUGAUCGAUCAUCUCACACGCUUUGUCAUCUUGAUUCCCAUCAAAUCCGAAAAAGCGGUUGUCGUUGUCCGUAAUCUAGUCGAUCGCGUCUUUUCGGUGUUCGGCCCUCCGGACACCCUGCACUCUGACCAAGGCAAGGAAUUCGAAAACCAACUUGUGAAAGAAUUGCAGUCUGCCUUCGGGUACAAGAAGACCCGCACCGUCGCGUAUCGUCCUCAAGGUUAA